AUGCAAUCCCCACUAUCUUCAACUGAGGAAGAAAUCACUCUCGAUUCAUUAUCACUGGAAUUACUAAGCCAUAUAGCAGUUGAAUUAGAACCAAAAGAUGUACUAAAUUUAUCGUUAACUUGUAAAAAAUUUUCACCAUUAAUUAAAGAUGUAGAUUAUUGGCACCAUACAUUAGGAUAUAGUAAAGACGAUGAAAAAAGAUCUAUUAAAGAAUACCAAGAAGAUUAUGUUAUUAUCAAACAAUUUCAACCAAAAGAUAGUUAUUCAACAACGACUGACUUUUCACAAAAGAAUAAACCAAAAUCAUUACCACACCGUCGAGGGACAAAAAUUGUUUGGGUAUUUGUAACUAUAUUAUUAAAUAUAUCUUGGGAUUAUAUCUCAUAUUUUUGUGAUAUUAUCUUUCUUGUAUUAUUGGUAUUAAGGUUAGACAGGGUGUUUAUGUUUCCAAGUAUCGUUCCUUUCUUAUUCUUUUCAGUGUCAAUAAUAACAAAAACCUUUUUUCCGUAUCUUGCAAUUAUUGGUUUAAGAUAUAUUUAUGGACCAUUCUUUGAUUUAGCUUAUCUUCCACAACAAAAUGUUUCUAUUAUUUUAAUUUCUUCAAUAUAUUUAUACUCUUCUCCAUACAUUGGUGUGAUGUCAUUCUUUAGUAUACUUAUUUUCUUUUUUUAUAUAUUAGUCUUAUGUUACGUCAGUAAUAUCAUUGGAUUUAUAUUCGUAUUAAUUCCUCCAUUUCUCUGUGCUGUACUUGCAGUAUUUUCUUGUGCAAAUUUUACCUGUUUACCUGUAUAUAAACGAGCUCCAUGUUCAUUUACUAAAGUUAUAUAUUGUACGAUACCGUCAUGUAGUAUUGUAGCUUCUAUAAUACUUAUUGCAUUAGCAAGUCUUGGAGGUGAAUACGUUCCAUAUUAUGCAUCAUUUUUACCGUUAUACGUUGGUUCAAUUUAUGAAAUUAUUUUAUUUACUUUUACAACGAUAUAUUUAUCAUGUUGUAGUAACAAGUUGUUAGUAUCAGAUCUUCCUUGCUAUUUUUUAUUCUUUCCGUGUUAUGAAAAAAAAACUGUUAGUGAAGCAAUAACAAUGAACCAAUUUCUUUUAUUUUUAUUAACCUUUGUUUCAAUACCAUUAGCAAUAUUUCUUAUAUUAUUAUCAAUGAAAUUAGAUGGUUUUGUUGAUGUAAAAUUUCUCUACAUAUUUAUACCUUUCUUCUUUUUAGAAUUAAGCAUUGUUUUCUUUAAUCUAGCAAUUCAUAUUGGGUGUUGUAUAACUCAUGGAUUUAGUGAAAGUAAUAAUUAUAAAAUACACAACAAUGCAGAAGAUAUUUCAAGUUUUGAUGAACAAGAAAUGGAUACUCUACCACCAGCAGUAAUUCGUGGUAAAAAACUAAACUUACCACACAAGUAA